CGCAAAUAUUUAAACUGAACCUUCUUACGGGCUAACCAUCGAUGCUUCGAUGCGACGAUGGUUGACAAGCCUCCUCGCAGAUCCAGAAAUGGCGUCUCGCGUGCACAUGGUCUACUAAAAGCGUAUGACUACGUUCUCACCGUUACGGAAUUUACAGUCUUUAUGAAAACGUUUGUGCUCGUCUCUACUACAGUAUUGAGUGAGAGUUCUUCCACAAGCUGCUGUCCCCAAAUCGAGGAUCUACCAGACGGAUGUCUUUUGUGAUAUUCCUCGUAAUCGUUCUCGCAUUAUCAUCGCUUAUGUUAAAUUAUUUGUCUUCUGUUUGUAAAUAGAGAGUGUAUAUAGAGUAACAGGUGAGUGAAAAAUAGUGCGUGGAGCUAUAUUUGGCGAUGAGUUCAAAUAAUAAAACAUCAGUGUCCUCCAGCGGAAGAGGAAAUAAAAUAAAAUUAUCACAACAUGGUAAAUCAGACCAUCAAACUAAAACAUCAGAUUCGACUAAGCACGACAAAGUGCAGUCAAACACUGCUCAGGUGCGACAUGCACAAAUCAUUGAUACUCGUUUGGGAGGUGUUGAAGAUCCAUCAUUUAAGGAACGUAUCAAAGAAGUUAUGGAUUUAACUUGUCGUUCUGAAGAUGAGGUCAUUAUGGCCUUGCAUGAUAGUGAUGGAGACCUGAAUAGAGCUGCUAUUGACCUUCUCGAGGGUGUUAAGACGGAAUGGGAAGUAAAAAAAAAGAAGCCUCGUCAACCAAGUGGGUCAAAACAGAUGAUUGAUCAAACAAGUGGUCAAAAUGAUGGCGGAGAUUGGGAUGAGAGACGUAACCAACGAAGUGGUGGACCACCGCGAAUGCGAGGCCGUGCUAAUCAUGAUAAUCGUGAAUGGCGUGGACGUGAAAAUAAGGAAAAUGAGAGAAAUAUGGAAGAGAGUGCUCGAGAUGGCAGCUAUGGAGGAAGUAGAAGAGGUAGGGGAGGCCCUGGUAGAUCAGGUCGUGGAGGUCGCGGAGGCGGAAGAGGUCUUGGUCCACGAGCAUUUGCGAAUCGAAACGAUUCAGCCUCUGCUUCUUCGACUCAUAGUUUCAGUCGACCAAUUGACACCUGGGCAGGAAGUGAAGAACAACAAACAUUAGUUCAACAACCUAAAAUUGCAGAGUGGAAUAAUUACGAGACAACAGAGGACUGGGAUAAUGAAGAGUAUACAGGAUCACUGGCCGAUACUAAGGUUUUUACACCAAGUACGUCUUUGACAGAACAAGCUCCUGUACACGAGGAACCAAAGAUUCAAGAAUUACAGUCAAUACAAUCAAAUCAGACUGUUAACCUGGGACUACUUCAGCAAGAAGAAAUUACGAAAUUAUCCGAUAUUCCUGCGAUACAACAACAAGCAUUGAUUCCACAACAAGCUCAACAGCAACAAACUGUAUUGAGCUUACCAACAAUGCAACUAUCACAACAACCAAAUGCUAUUAGUGGUGGUGUAUUAACUGCUGCACAAACUCAAUAUUUGACGCAGCUAACUCAGCAAACUAGUGAAAAUAUAAAAACAGCCGGACAGGCUUCGUUUUCUUCGCAAAUUACAAAUCAGCCACAAAGGCAAUCUAAACAACGUCCAAGAGUACCACCUCCAUCGAAGAUUCCAUCCACUGCGGUAGAAAUGCCGGGCGAUGCAGUUAACAGUGGCAUUGGAUUUCUUGAUGUCCAAUUUGGCGCACUUGAAUUUGGAAGUGAUUCAAGCUCACUCGAUGGAUCAGCUACUGAAAAGUAUAAUUCUAAUAACAAUGCAAUUUCUAAUGUUGAAGUUCCCUCUACUACAAAUACUAUAAACACAACUGGCACAAAUAGUUCUAUUGAUAUAGAAACCAAACAAACCUCCACAACCCCUUACAACGCCACUACUCAAAUGCUAUCAGGCAAUGACAGUUUACCUGUAUCUAAUGACCAUUCAAUAAAUUCUCAAACGUUUGCGGGGCGUGGAAAUACAGCUCAAAAUUUGGAUAUAACCAAACAGGAUUUUACAUCACAAGUUUCCCCAGGAAAUUCAGCUACGUAUGGCACAGCGACGUAUCAACCACAAAAGACGUUUCAACCAUCUAAUGCCACACCAAAUUCAUAUAAUACGUAUUCAACAAAUACACAAUCAGGACAGUCUUUCCAGACUGUUUCAGUCACUAAUGCCAAUACAUAUUCUACAACAGCGACAGUUUCACAAACCAAUUAUAAUUCCUCUUCAUCAUUCCCACAAUCAAAUUCUUCAAACUUUAGUCAAGCAUCUCCAUCUGCGUCAACAUCUGCAGUUUCUGCUUACAAUCAGCCAACUACUACAAACCAGGUAUAUCAAACAACAAGUGGUUAUGCAUCCACAACAACGUCUCAAUAUCAAGCAGCAUCUGUCGCAACUAAUACGGUAUCAAAUAGUAAUGCUGGAUAUCAAGCGAGUGGAUAUCAAGGAACCUCUUCUUUUCAAUCAAAUCCUCAAGCUUAUCAAUCAUCUGCUACUACCUUUAGUUCUCCUAUUACUCAGGCUGCCGGACCUUAUCAAAAUGCAGCUCAAUCUGUUUAUCCAUAUGGCAACUAUGCCAGUCAACCACAAACUGCAUCUCACAACCACAAAUUGAAUAGUAGUACAACAAAGGAUUCUCAAUAUGAAAAUAGCACAACGACUUCUAAUAAUUCUCUUGCAACAACGACGACAACCACAUUAGGACUUAGUUCAACCUCUGUGAAUAGUUCUCAAACAAAAGUAACCAGUUCCAAUGCUGUACCAAAAAGUACAUCAAGUGGCGUUGUAACGGGUAAUAGUAGUGGUAAUAUAACAGGUGGAGGAGCUGCAGGCAGCAUGGCACCAAUGCUUAGUCAUCAGUACAUUAUGGGCCAAGGAGUGCCAUAUACUUUCCAGCAACCAAUGUAUAGCUACGAAGAUCUACAACUUAUGCAACAAAGAAUACCGCAUAUGCCCACUACUGGUUACUAUGACGCGGCUCUGGGCUAUCAGACGACUGGACCAGCAACCAGUCUUGGUGGGGCACGAGGUGAUGCGUUAUCUGGUGUGCAAGGAGUUCAAGGAGUACAAGGCGUUCAAGGAGCAUAUACCAGUAUUAGUGACGCUAGGUUUGCCAGAAAUGAUAGUAAUGCGUCGCCGGUACCUUCUACCAUGUCGCAACAGACUGCGACACAGCACCAACAACCUAUGAUGAACCCAACACUUCCUCCAGGUUAUGCAUAUUUCACAUAUGGCGGAGGCAUAAUGCCAGGAGGUUUUCAAUAUGGAACUCCUGCUAUUUACCCCCAGAUAGCUACAGCAGGGAAUGCUGGAACAAAUAGCGGAGCAUACAGCGCUAAACCAGGAAGUUAUGGAUCUGGGUAUGGUGGUGGUGCAAGUUACGAUGCUUUAGCAUCUGCGGGACCGUCCGGAGAAUAUAAAGCUGCCGGCAGUAAUUAUACUGGCACACAAGCCGGUAAAACUGGUACUUCUACAGGAAAUACUAAUACUGGUGGAUCUUCUGCGACUGACAUUAGUGCAACUAUGUAUGCAAAAAGUCAUGUAGCACUUAGCAAAGUUAAUUCAUAUGAAAAACAAGCUUUUCAUUCUGCGACUCCACCACCAUUUGGUAUUACUGGUAGCCAAAAUGCAGGAUUGCCUGGAGGAUAUGGUACUCCGCAUUUAUUUAUUCCAACGAUGCCUCAUCAGUUGCAUCAACCACUUCAUCAGGAUGGUACCAAUAGCACAGGUCAAAGGUCCAAUACCAGUUCACAAAAUAAAGCUCAAGCUAAGCCUGGUUACAGUCCUAGCUACUGGGCUGGAAGCAAUUAAAGUAUCUUGAACAAGAUAAAGAAGGAAGGAGCGAUGUAACAACCACUUUAGAAAAAAUAAACAUUCGCCAUGUGACAUAUGGUGGUGUAAAACACGGACAUUGAUAAAAAGGGUUUACUUGGAACAUGAGAAUAAGGACAAAAGAUUUGUUUUUUUCUUCAGAUUAUACAUUUUGGCUAUAAAACAGUAUGGACUAAAGAGUGGGUCUUAAUCGUUGGAAGGAUUAAACAAUAUUUAUUGUUACUCUUAUAAGAAAUAUUUAUAUUUCUGAAAUGAAUAUUCAAAGUAAACUUCCCUUAAAAAAUGAUUUCUUUAAAAAUGAAAUAAUAAAAUAUUAAUUUAAAUUCUUCAUUUUUUCAAAAUUGUGACGUUCCAAAUAUUAACAAUGAUUAGAUUGUUAUAAAUAAUUUUGAUUUUGAGUUUCAUUUAAUGAACAGAACUACAAAAGAGGGAAGUUUUUGUUUUGUCUACUAGUAUAUCUUAUGCUUAACAAACAUAUAUUAAUAUGUUGAAUGUUUUUGAAUUAUUUGUAAACAAUGUUUAUUAUAAAAGCAAUGAAUUGUAUAAUUCUUCCUAACAGAAGUUGCACUCGUGCCAAAAAUAGACUGGUUGCGUAAGUGAUAAUUUCGAGAUAUUUGUCUUUAUCACGAACGCAGGAUAAAAACAGCGCGAGCAGGCUUCGUGUGGUUUAUCGGAACGCUAGUAAACCUACUACUGAGUGUGUGAAUAACGUAGCGCUUGUGUGAAAGAAAAAGAAAAAACCAGAUAAGCUAACGGCUGCUGUAUCAGCUCCUGUAUAUGCUUCAGUACACUACAGUGCAAUUGCGAAUAUACCGCAUCGACUGCAAAAAGUGAUAAUUUUUUGUAAAAUGUAGGCAUUUUGGCUAACAUCAAACGUGCUCCUUUACACGAAUGGAAAAAAAAAAGAAAUAAGAACAAAGUAACCUUUCAUGAAAUAAUGUAAAGAUGUGUUUCUGUAAAUUAUAGUGUUUGUAUGUAUCAAGAAAAUUUGAAGUACAUAAACAUUUAUGAUUAUAAUAUUUUCACUUUUUGGUACAUGAAAUAUAAGCAGGGAUUAAAUCAGAUCAACAUUAUUUGUACCUAUAUAAAAAGUAUUCUGUUCUUUUGCAUCACUAUAAUAAUUCGAGUGAUUUUAAUAGGUAAAUAUUACUUUUUGUUAGACGGUAUUGAAUUAAAGUUCCCGAAUCAAAAAGGUAAUGUCUUAUGAUUAUAUUAUCUGAAAUUAUAUUGUAUGUAUAAAAUGAUUUUAUAUUAUUUAUAGAGAAAAAAGUCAAAUUAAGAAAUUUUAGGUAUACGUGUAGAAAUAUCAAGGGAUAUUAGGAGGUAUCAACAAAUUUCUUAUCGUAUCUUCGAUCAGUUCAAAAUGUAGCCCUGCUUCCUUCUGAUCGUAAAGUCUCUAUUAAGAUUAUUUUUU